AAUCGUGUCGCCUCCGGGAGACAUAGUGAUACAAGAACUGGGAGGCGGCUCCGGCGCGGACCUGGGAGAACCUGGCCGCCAGCCCGCGAGCCAAUCUCUGUCCCUGCGGCCCGCCGAGGCUCGGAGCCAUCCAGCAAACCGGCGAGCGGCCUCAGGCCCCGCCAUGGGGAAGACCAACAGCAAGCUGGCCCCAGAAGUGCUGGAGGACCUGGUUCAGAACACCGAGUUCAGCGAGCAGGAGCUGAAGCAGUGGUACAAGGGCUUCCUGAAGGACUGCCCCAGCGGCAUCCUCAACCUGGAGGAGUUCCAGCAGCUAUACAUCAAGUUCUUUCCCUACGGCGACGCCUCCAAGUUUGCGCAGCACGCUUUCCGCACCUUCGACAAAAACGGCGACGGCACCAUCGAUUUCCGGGAGUUCAUCUGCGCCCUUUCGGUCACCUCCCGCGGCAGCUUCGAGCAGAAACUCAACUGGGCCUUUGAGAUGUACGACCUGGACGGCGACGGGCGCAUCACGCGCCUGGAGAUGCUGGAGAUCAUUGAGGCUAUCUAUAAGAUGGUGGGCACCGUAAUCAUGAUGCGCAUGAACCAGGACGGGCUCACACCCCAGCAGCGUGUGGACAAGAUCUUCAAGAAGAUGGACCAGGAUAAGGAUGACCAGAUUACUCUGGAAGAGUUCAAGGAGGCGGCCAAGAGUGACCCAUCCAUUGUUCUGCUGCUGCAGUGUGACAUGCAGAAGUAGAGAGCAGAGGCUGGUGAGGGCCCCUGGCCAGGAGGGGCAUGGCCACCUCGCAAGCCCGUGACCUCUCUGGCUGGCCCUUCCCCAGGGGAUGAGGUACUCCAGCCUCACUCUCUGGCCCACCCAACCCUUUGCCCAAUCCUUUGCUCCCUUCAAUCAAGAUCCUUAAGGGACAUUUCGCUCUGAAAAAGAGACAGAUCCUCAGGUAUCCUGUGGUCUAGCGCCACCUUCAGUCUUGGCCCAGAACCAACAUCCACUGGGCAUAGGGGAGGUGGCUUUUGCCUCUAGAGGCAGGGUUAAGGAGGAGGGCUGGGGUUCUGCUUUGAAAUUCUGUUCUUCCUGGCAUUGUGCUUUAUAGGAUGUGGCCCCACAGACCCCAGUUACAGGGCCAAAUUGAGUCUGUCCUUUGCUGAGGACCCAGGUCCCUUAAAGGUGGUCUCUGCCCACCCCCUCGACUGUACCUGGCCCUUCUGGCCCAGCCUUUAGAACGUUCAUUCAGUCCUUCAGC